UGUUCGACGGUCUUGUCGGGGGAAGAUCAGGUCUAGUUAUUCGCACAAGUGUKAUUGAGAUAUUAUAUUAUAAAGKAUUAUUAGCAUUAUUUUCUGAACUAAUAUUUCCCGACUUCAUUUGGACGUCGUGAUUUUUCAGAGAUUUUACGCACGACAUGCCACCUUGCGUUAUUGAAAAAGACAGCUCCAGGGCCCUGUAUACAGUUAUGUGGUUGUGCAUAUUGGCAGCUUGGUGUGUGUCUCUCUCCACUGCCACUUCUGACAUUUUCACAUGUUCGGUACCCGAGGAUCCGGUCUCGGCGCGGUUGGGACAUGUUGCCACCAUGCCMUGCUGGCUCACCCCUUCCACGAACGCAGAGGGUCUGGAGGUGCGUUGGUACCGGCCCAAAGAUUUCGACAACCCGGUCUUGCUCUACAGCGAGAGAAAGAUCCAGGAAGCCUCACAGCAGUCCCAAUACGUGGGCCGCACCUCCCUAGGGCUCCGGGAGGUUACRUCAGWAGGGCUGAAGGGAGGGGAUGUGACCUUGARKCUGGUUAAUGUCACUCUGAGAGACCAAGGGGAGUAUGUGUGCUACGUCAGCAGUAACCAGGACUAUGAGACUGCCAGUGUCUUUCUCAACGUAACUGUGAUGGGCAGCCCUCCUCUCCUCUCAGCAGUCAGAACAGAUGCUGACUCUGUGAAUGUGAGCUGUGUUUCCCAUGGAUGGAAGCCAAGGCCCAGGCUACAGUGGUCAGAUGGGAGGCAGACUCUGAAACCUGAGAAGCUGGAAUACAGCAGUGGUGCCCAUGGUCUGGUGUCUGCCCACAGCUGGGUCCUCUCUUUACCAUACGACGCUGCCGCCUUGGUCUCCUCACUACGACAGAACCGUGACAGAAGACCCACCAUAAAAGGACCAAGCAGCGUCGUGAAUGAGGAGCGGGAAUCAUGGCACCCGGAAGAGAUGAUUGAGGCACAUCCUGACCUGAAAGCUCCCUCGCAGUUGCCGGCUAGAAUGGGCCUCCACCAGACGGAUGGGUGCCGGUUCAGCGCUCCUGGUCUCCAGUGCAUGUCCUCAGCCUGUACCACCAAUUCCGGCACCACGCAUCAUGCUUUCCAGUGGCGCUUCCACAGUCCAGGAGUGCUCCGGCGACAGUACCCAUCCGGAGCUUCCGGGCGACAGUACCCAGUCACGGAGCUUCCGGCACAGUACCCAGUCCGAGCUUCCGGCCGACAGUACCAGUCCGGAGCUUUCCGGCGACAUACCCAGUCGGGCUUCGCGGCGACAGUACCCCGCUGUCCGGAGCGAUCCGGCCGACAGUACCAGUCCGGAACCUCCGCGACGAUCCACAUCCGAACCUCCGCGACGAUCCACAGUCCGGAGCCUCCGGGAUGA